UAGUUAAACAGUUGACUUUACUGGAAAAUGAUAUUAUUUUGAAGUGAGGCUUCACUUGCCGAGUCAGUGACCUGCUUGGAGGGAAAGCAGUGGGUCUGAGCCUGGCUCUUGCUCUCGGGGCGGCAGCAGCUCUGGCGUUUGCCGUCACCGUAGGAGCAGUGAGUAAUGACAGCCAUGUCUGCUUUCAGGUUCUGGUCUGCCCUGCUGAUUGCACUGGGCUCUCUCUGCCCUAGAGGUUCAGCAUGUGGCGUUUCAACACACAUAGAAAUAGGACACAGAGCUCUGGAAUUUCUCCACCUUCAAGAUGGGAGUGUUAACUACAAAGAGCUGUUACUUGAACACCAGGAUGCAUAUCAGGCUGGAUCUGUGUUUCCUGAUGCGUUUUACCCCAGCAUCUGUGAAGGAGGAAAAUUCCAUGAUGUGUCUGAGAGCACGCACUGGACUCCAUUUCUUAAUGCGAGCGUUCAUUAUAUCCGAGAGAACUACCCCCUUCCUUGGGAGAAGGACACAGAGAAACUGGUAGCUUUCUUGUUUGGAAUUACCUCUCACAUGGUGGCCGAUGUCAGCUGGCAUAGCCUGGGUAUUGAACAAGGAUUCCUCAGGACCAUGGGAGAUAUUGAUUUUCACGGCUCCUUUCCUGAGGCGCAUUCGGCUGGUGAUUUUGGAGGAGAUGUAUUGAGCCAGUUUGAGUUUAAUUUUAAUUACCUCUCACGGCACUGGUAUGUGCCCACUGAAGAUCUACUGGAAAUUUAUAAGAAACUCUAUGGCCGAGAAGUCAUCACGAAAAAUGCAAUUGUUGACUGUUCAUACCUUCAAUUCCUGGAAAUGUAUGGUGAGAUGCUAGCUAUUUCCAAGCUUUAUCCCACUUAUUCUAGAAAGUCACCAUUUUUGGUGGAACAAUUCCAAGAAUAUUUCCUUGGAGGACUGGAUGAUAUGGCGUUUUGGUCCACUAAAAUUUACCAUCUCACGAGCUUCAUGUUAGAGAAUGGGACCAGUGACUGCAACCUCCCUGAGAACCCUCUGUUCAUUGUGUGCGGUGGCCGGCGAUCCAGCACCCGGGGCUCAAAAGUACAGAAAAAUUAUUUUCAUAGGAAUUUGACUGUAUCCCUCACUAAAGAUAUUAGAAAAAAUAUCAACUACACCGAAAGAGGAGUGUUAUUCACCGUGAAUUCCUGGAUCUCGGAUUCCCCCCUAUCCUUUAUGUACCAGGCUCUGGAGAGGAACAUCCAGAUAAUGUUUCCAGGCAGCUCUCACCAGUCAUCGAAGCACAUCUCUAGCCCGCUGGCAUCUUACUUCUUGUCACUUCCCUAUGCGAGGCUUGGUUGGGCAAUGACCUCAGCUGACCUCAACCAGGAUGGGUACGGGGACCUGGUGGUGGGCGCCCCAGGCUACAGCCGCCCCGGCCACAUCCAGAUUGGGCGAGUCUACCUCCUCUAUGGCAACGACCUGGGCCUGCCCCCCAUUGACCUGGACCUGGACCAGGAGGCCCAUGGGAUCCUGGAGGGCUUUGAGCCCUCAGGUCGUUUUGGCUGAGCCUUGGCCGUGUUGGACUUUAACCAGGACGGCAUGCCUGACCUGGCCGUGGGAGCCCCCUCGGUGGGCUCCGAGAAGCUCACGUACAAAGGUGCAGUGUACAUCUACUUCGGUUCCAAACAAGGAAGAAUGUCGCCUUCCCCCAACAUCACCAUCUCUUGCAAGGACGUCUACUGCAACUUGGGCUGGACACUCCUGGCUGCAGAUGUGAAUGGAGACAGCGAGCCCGAUCUGGUGAUUGGCUCCCCUUUUGCACCAGGUGGCGGGAGACAGAAGGGAAUCGUGGCUGCAUUUUAUUCUGGCCCCAGCCAGAGCAACAAAGAACAGCUGAAUGUGGAGGCAGCCAAUUGGAUGGUGAGAGGUGAGGACGACUUUGCCUGGCUAGGGUACUCCCUUCACGGUGUCCUUGUGAACAACAAAACUUUGCUGUUGGUUGGGAGCCCGACCUGGAAGAAUGCUAGCAGUCUGGGCCAUUUGUUCCGCACUCGUGAUGAGAAACAGAGCCUCGGAAGGGUGUAUGGCUAUUUCCCGCCAAAUUGCCAAAGCUGGUUUACCAUUUCUGGAGACAAGGCAAUGGGGAAACUGGGUACUUCCCUGUCAAGUGGCCACAUAAUGGUGAAUGGGACCCGGACACAAGUGCUGUUGGUUGGAGCCCCAACUCAUGAUGAUGUGUCUAAAAUGGCAUUCCUGACCAUGACCUUGCACCAAGGGGGAACCACUCGGAUGUAUGAGCUCACACUUGACUCACAGCCUUCUCUGCUCAGCACCUUCAGUGGAGACCGCCGCUUCUCUCGAUUUGGUGGAGUUCUGCACUUGAGUGACCUGGAUAAUGAUGGCUUAGAUGAAAUCAUCAUGGCGGCCCCACUGAGGAUAGCAGAUUUAACUUCUGGACUCAUUGGGGGAGAAGAUGGCCGCAUUUAUGUAUACAACGGCAAACAGACCACCUUUGGCGACAUGACCGGCAAAUGCAAAUCAUGGAUAGCUCCAUGUCCAGAAGAAAAGGCCCAAUACGUAUUGAUUUCUCCUGAAGCAGGCUCAAGGUUUGGGAGCUCUGUGAUCACCGUGAGAUCAAAGGAAAAGAACCAAGUUGUCAUUGCCGCUGGAAGGAGUUCUUUGGGAGCCAGACUCUCGGGGGCGCUUCAUAUCUAUAGCCUUGGUUUAGAUUAAAGAUUUCACUCGGCUUUCCUAA